AGUUGUACAUGUAUGCAAAGCGGCAUCACUCAUUUCUGCUCUGAUUUGAGCAGUCUUUUGCUGUUUUGGUGUCCAAUGACUGUGUGUGUUCACGCUCCACGCCACUUUACUGACGUGAUUUGGAGUUUCUGUAGUGUCAACAGUGAAGUGAAUAUCUUCGUCCGGAUACCUCCAGCUCGGUAUAUGUAAAGUUGGCAAGAAGUAUCCAGGUGGUCUCCUGCAUACGGCCUGUUUUUCCGUUUGUUGUAUGCAGUCAUUGACUUGACAAUUUCUGUUCCAAGUCACUUGCUCUCGCCCCAGUCGCCGAUUAUUUUUGUCCUAUCACCGGGCUAAAUACUUGUACCAGUAAUAGUAGUAGUAGUAGUUUACAAACUUGCAAAUGGCUGACGGUGGUGAUGAGGAGGUUUCGGCCUCCACCAACAGUUUCUGGGAUGUUGGCAAUUACAGGAAGGUCCUGGAGCGUAUGGACAAUGGUGCAAAGUUGUGUGAUGAUCUCCAUCGGUUGCUGAUGGAGCGUGCAGAGAUGGAACUGAAGUACGCCAAAUCCUUGAAAGUCUGGAAGAAGAGAUGGGAUGAGUUGGUGGAGAAAGGCCCUGACUACGGCACGACAGAAGUUGCUUGGCAAGCUAGUUUGAAUUCGGCGGAGCGCCUGGGUGAUAUUCAUGCUGAGCAUAGAGAGAAGAUCACCACCGAGAUUUUGCCUCAAAUAGUGCAAUGGAAAAAAGACCACUACCACAAAAGCAUGCUGAGCUGGAGGGAAACGAAAACAGCCGAGGAUGGAUUCGAACGAGCUCAGAAGCCGUGGGCAAAGCGGCUAGGGAAGGUUCAGCGUGCCAAGAAAAGCUACCACGCGGCGUGUAGAACAGCUGAGGUACAAAAUCGAACAGUGGCCGAUGCCGAGCGAGAUCCGAACGUUACCACCGACCAAUGCAAGAAGCUCAGGUCGAAAGCGGAGAAGUUGGGAAAAGAUCGGCAGAAGGCCCACGAUAAGUACCAGGACAGAGUGCAAGACAUCACGCUAUACAACGAAACCUACAAAACCGACAUGCGCCGUGAGUUUGAAAAGUGCCAAGAAUUCGAGGGCGAGCGUCUGACGUUCUUCAAGAAGAUCUUCCAGCAGUCGCACAAAGUGCUAGAUCUCUCAUCCAAUCCAUUAGUACCCCAGAUCUUCUCCGACUAUUCGAAUGCGACGGAAGCACUGUCGGUUGAGGACGAUCUUUCCUUCUACUCUCGGCAAAGUGGCUCUGACAUGGGUAUGCAGUGGCCGAUCUUCGAGGAAUUUAAAGAGGUUGACGAGAUGGCCAAGUCUCAAGUUGCGACUCGGCGGUAUGACUCAGCGGCAGUGCAGCCCUCCUCCAGCAAUCAUGCGUCUAUAGCAUCUGCGCCAGUAUCGCACCAAGGCUCAGGGGGCGACGAUGCCGCCUCCGAGUUUGACAACUGUGAUCCUCCCACAGCUCCAGAUGGCGGUGUGCCCGUGCGAGCACUGUUCGACUACGAUGCGCAGGAUGACGAUGAGUUGUCGUUCAAGGCUGGUGACAUUCUGACCAAGGUUGAGGACGAGGACGAACAGGGCUGGUGCCGCGGCCGUCUAGCCGACAAAGAAGGCCUUUUCCCGGCAAACUACUGCGGGCCAAUGUAAUACCGGUGUCACUCUACCACCGCUGUAUGGAGCUCGCAUGCGAAUGAAGGAGAUAAUGAGCUGAUGCAGCCACCGAAUCUCAAGCACUACCCCAUAUCAUGUUUGGGAGUAUCUGGAAGUAGCGAUGCCUUACGUGGCAACGUCCCAACGCCUCACUCAUCGAGAUGCACCCCUGCGUCAACUAUCUAUUGACUUUUUAUGAUUCUUCCUCCGGUUUCUGUACAGGUAUGUAUUCUUUGAAUUAGGUUUGUCCGCCUUGAUUAUCCCAUGCACCUGUUUAUAAUGUGCACUGGGGUUUUAUGCUCACUGCUGUGCUGUGACCUCUAAGGGCAUGGAGUGCUAUUUUGGUGCCGUUUUCACGAUAAAAAAAGCAUCUCCUGCCUGUGUUGUGAUGGCUCGAACAGAUCAGCUCACACAUCAGCAUCCUUUCCUGUUUGACUAUGACAUCAGGAUUUUUAAAGUUAUUGUUCCCUUUCUCUGCCCAAUAUGCAAUAUCAGCAUCUAACACCUUUUCAACUCUCCAUCGGAAAUCUUCUUUUCGGAACUCAUCUGCACCUCCCUUUGUUAUACUCCACUGUCCAGAAUUGUGUGCGCCCUCUCCAGCUAUGGCGCACUAUUGUACUGUGACCUCUGGUUCACAUCUUUACUUUAGUUCUUGAAUCGUCCGCUCUCAUGCUUCGUCAGUAGGCUGCUUGGUCUCCUCUUUUUUUUAACAGUUUCAUGUUUGGCUGGUAGUGGCUGCCUGUGUUCCGUUGAGCGUUUUGUUGUUGCUGGCAACCUGUCCUCUUCGCCUCGUUUCCGUGAGUAUAAUUAUUAUGUUUAGAGUGGUUGUUUUUCCUCUGAUUGCUCCUGCUUCUUACAUCUUCACCGAAAGGUCGGUGAGCUGUGUCGAGUACUUUCCACUCUUCUUUUCUUCGCUGUCUUAACUUUUGCUCCAAGUGUGCUGCUCUUUUUUUGGUAGUUUGUAAUCACACGUCACAAUCGCUUCUGUAGCCAUUUUGUUCUGCCGAUACAGCUCCUAUAUUUACAAUGUAUUGAUUUUAAAUACCAAAUGAUCCCCAGUGUAUUUUGUUGAUUAGACCCUAUAUAGUUUUUACUGGCCUUCUUUUGACAGCAAUGCUGCAUGCCACUUCUGCAUAGGGCGUGAUGGCAAUGCAGUGACUGACUUUCAUUA